UAUGACUGCAGAACCGGAUGUAUGUUUCUAUGGGCACAUCCAUUUGUUUAGUUACCUCGCUGAUCUGUUAUGAAACUACUGGAAAUCAGUUGGGGUAAAGCUCUUGGCUUCUUCGCUGUUCUGCUCGCUGUCAUUGCAGCCGUUUUACAACAUCUAGAAAACUGCGAAGAGACAAUAUACACCAGGAUGACACACGACCUGAAAACACUGGCAGAGGACUUCAGACAGAAGAAUAAAAGUUGUUUUAUCCUGGGUGCCUCUGGCGAGACAGGCAAGGAGUUACUGAAAGAGAUUGUGGAGAGGAAACUCUUCUCGAAGAUCACUCUCAUCGGAAGGCGGCAGCUCACAUUUGAAGACAAAGCGUUUGAGAACCUGGUGCAGGAGGUGGUGGACUUUGAGAAACUGGAUGACUACGCUGCAGUAUUCCAAGGGCAUGAUGUUGGCUACUGCUGCCUGGGAACGACCAAAGCCAAAGCAGGGGCUGAUGGAUUCAUCCGUGUUGACCAUGACUAUGUCCUGAAGUCAGCGGAGCUCGCCAAGGCAGGAGGCUGCUCACACUUCAACCUCGAGUCUUCUAAAGGGGCUGACAAAACCAGUGGUUUUCUCUAUCUCAAAGUGAAGGGACAAGUGGAGGCAGACAUUGAACCGUUGGGCUUCGAGAGGUUCUCCAUCUAUCGCCCUGCGGUGCUGAUGGUUGACAGGCAGGAGAGCCGGCCUACUGAGUGGUUUGCCAGGAAGGUCCUGGGCCCUAUUUCUUCCAUGUUUCCCACGGCAAUGUCCAUCCCCAUCCAAUCUGUGACCAGGGCCAUGGUGGCCAACACACUGAUCCCUGCAGGGGAGAAAGUGGAGAUCCUGGAGAAUAAAGCCAUCUAUGACUUGGGGAAGGACCCAGAGAAAUGAGGGACAGGGAAGAGGGAAGGUGUCUCUCAAUAGCUCCAUUUCAUCAUAUCCUUUCCUCCAUAAACCACUGAUGUGGUUGUACCACCACUGGUCUGUCUGGACAUGACAUGUGAGAGCAAUGUGAAGGGAAACCCUAUCCAGUCCUUUCACCUGUCAGUGGUAGUGAGGGAAAGGUGUUGAGGAAAUUUGAGUAUUGGGAACUCAGCCAAAGACUGAUGGUGAAGUGUGUUGUGUUACUGCCAUUUUAAUGUGAUGGUGCUUUUUCUUCAUGACAAUCUAUUUUCUACUAACACUUUCCUUUGAAAACACGAAGGAGGGUCAACAACAAGUGUAAAGGUGAAUUUGUAGAGCAAUGCAGAUGCUCUCUGAGCACAUGGUCAAGCAUUUAAAGCGUCAUUGGCUUCAACUUGAGGUUCCUUGCAACCAUGAUGGAGUCAACACGGUAGCUAGCUCUCAAGUCCUCUAAAAAACAUACUUUCCCUGCUUGAACAGGUGUUGUUGAUUGUCUCGGUUUCUCUGGGAAUGAGUCCAAAGGGGAAUAUUUCCUUAUGAAAAGUGCCAUUAAACCGCUUCAUGGGUAAUGCAAAUAAGAUAUAAUUGGGAAAUGAUGAUGUAAUUAUGAAUACUGAAAUCUGUUUUCUCUGUAAAGACUUUGUAUCCCAAGUGCUUUUUCUGAGUGCAGACUAAAAUGUAUGGGAAAUGUAUUUCACUGGUUCUUCUGGGUCCAUUACCUCCUCAAAACCUCCUCAAAAUGGUUUAGUUAGUAGAAGCGCUUCCAUCCAGCCUACAACGUUCAUGCUGUUUUAUAUAAGACCACUUCCUUAAGCACUUUGAUAAAUGAUGCACUUACUUGAAGCAGGAGUUUAUUUUCCACAAUACUGAACCAUUGGAGAGGGAUUUUUAAGGCAAUAUAUCUGACUUAUUUUAUUGUCUUUGAAUACUUUUAUUUCUGAGCAAUGCUUAACAUGUAAUUGAAUCAGGGGUUAUGUUAUUCAUACUCCUAUUGACUUGGAUUUUUUAUUGUGGUGUUAUGUAAAUUCUAUUAAAUUAAUUAUCUGACUCCAUAAGAUAUAUAGUAAUGUAUGCAAGAGCACUAUAGUUGAGUAACAGUAAUAGGCAAUGAAGAAAUGCCUGAGAAUGGAAUUAUAAAUACAAGUGUAUUUAAUUACUUUGUAAAUUGAAUGGUAACAUUAUUAAAGGCAUACGCUUAAGUUACAAAGCA